UUACUCAUCCUUCCAAUAAUCAUUGUGCAUAGAUGUGUUUGUGAAAUAUGACGUAUAUGGCUCACCAUCGUAUUGUCAAUGGCAUGUGUGGAAUUUGUUCGAUCGAGUUCGACAAUAUUUAAGCAACACAAUUGAAUACAAUGGGGAGAAGGAUGUCGAAAUUAGUGAUAGACGAUAAAUCGUUGUAGAACAUCAAGCGGACACAGCAUAAUAUUGGAAGGGAUCACCGUGAAAGUGUCAGAAAUAACGGAAUUGCAGGUUACGUGCUGUUCACACCAUGGCACAAUCGACAACAAGCGGAACCUCGUCGCGACGAUAUAUGAGAGAACACGAUGGACCGUCCACGUCGCGGUACGUGGACAGCGAAUGGGAAUCCAAAGAGGCCUUACGACAGAGAGAACUGGAGGAGGCAAGAGCACGUGCAGCGCAGAUGGAGAAGACAAUGCGUUGGUGGUCAGAUUGCACUGCUAACUGGCGUGAAAAAUGGAGUAAAGUUCGAAAUGAAAGAAAUAUGGCUAGAGAAGAAGUGAAAGUUCUCAGAGCAAAGUUAGAAAUUGCAGUGAAAGAUGCUAAUACUUUCAAACAUGAAUCUCAAGAAAUGGAACUGCAAAAUGAGCAGCUGAGAAAAGAAAUGGAAAAAAUACACAUGAUACUCUUGAAACAUGCUGGACAUUUUGACCAACAAAUCUUUACUAUCUUAGAAUCAGAUCCACAACUGAGAACCACCUUUGGGUUAGAUGAACAUCUAGAGUUUUAUAAUAAUGUUGAACCUAGUGAUAUGUUAAGUGUUCAAAAGGAUAUAAUAUCCUGCAAAAAUUCGCAUGAAACUCCGAACGUUGCUUCAAGCAGUCAUAACAUCUUGCCAGGUAGAGUUAUCGAAGAGUAUGUCCUGCAAGGUGCGGUGCCAAAGCAUGCUGUAGAAUUAUACAAGGAAAGCUCGAAUAAUUCAUUAGAUAAAAACAUCACAAAGCUAGUCGCAGACAAUAGUGCCAUGAAAGAUGCACUAGAAAAACAAAAAUUGCCAUCAAAUGCGUAUAAUGAGGAAUCCUUAAGACAAAAAAUGUCAGCACUGCAACUCAAACUGGAGGAAGCAGCCAAAACUAUUUCUGUAGAAAGAGAAGAGAAAAAUUCUUUACAUCAUACUGUGGAGAAAUUGAAAGCUGAGGUUAAACAAUUGAGGGAACAGUACGAAGAAUUACACGAGAGCAGGGCCGGUGCAAUGAGGGAAUUAUUGGAGUUAAAAGAGCGUUUCCAGAUCGAGCUUAGUGACGCACAGGCUGAUUUAAUGGACGAAACGAUGACAAACGGAGAAGGCAUGGACCGUCGUUUGAGUGAAUUGAGAGCUGAACUGGAGAAACUUCAAGCUGAAAAUGCGGUAGAAUGGGGUAAACGAGAGAGACUGGAGACUGAGAAGAUUUCUCUGGAACGAGAAAACAAACAGCUGCGGCUCAAGAUACAUGACUUACAAGAAAGAAUAGAGUCACGACGGCCACGUCCGGUAUCUACGACUGAUGCAGACACGAGGCAAUUGCAGCAAGAACUUAUAGUUCGCAAUAUGGUAUUGCUCGAGAUGAAGCAGUAUCAGGCGGUAUUGAAGCAAUCUCUAACAGAGAAAGCAACGGAAUUAUCGCACGCUAUAAGACGAUCUGAACAGUACGAGGCGGAGGUGAAGCGAAUAAGAGGUAGAGUGGAAGAGUUGAAGAAAGAGCUGGCCGCUGCUCAAGACGAAGUCGAUGCUGCCACAAAUAGCAUACGAAAGUUACAGCGUAGGAACGAAAAUCUCGUAGAACAACUGGAAUCUGCAAAUGUGCAACUGGAGCAUUUUAGAAACAGCAAUAGUGAGUCGUGUACAGCGGAUGCUGGAAUGGAACAAGUAGAAGAAGAAAAGUUCCAAGCUAAGAAUUCCGGUGAAUCCGCUGAGGUUUACAAUAAACAGAAAGCCUAGUAUUCGCUCGUGUUGAUGGCAAUGACAUGAUGUUUGAUCCAAAUCAACGAAAACGCAAAUCAGACAAGUGAUAUGCUAGCAGGCCUAAAAUAUUUAAUGACAGUUUUAUUUUUUAAUGUUUGACUCCUCAUAAUAGAUGUAGUGCUUCGGCAUUUAAAUAAUCAAAUUGUACACGUAGUAUGGUAAACGUCGUGAGUGCCUAUUGUGGUAUUUAACAACCAAUUUAAAGCAUCAGUACUUCCAAUAGCAUAUAUGUACAUGUGUAUAGAUAACUGAUAGUACAUUGACGUAAUAUACAAUUUUAAUUACUUGUCGGUCGACAAAGGUCCGUCUACAUUGCAAGAUUAUCAGAAAAAUUGGUGAAGAAGCACCAACGUUAACUUUUACGAUUUACGAUGCUCGCUUGACUUUGCAACGAUAUUUCUUAUUAUUAUAAUCUACGUAGACGUACCUUCGGCACAUCGAUAAAUCAUUACCAUCGGCGUAAGAAUAUAUAUAGACGUUAAGGUAUAUUCAGGUGCAUUAUUCAUUUGUAUCGCGUUUCAAUUUCCUUUAGUUCACUUUAUGAUACGUGCUAAAGAUAUUCAAAGAUAAUUCUUUUUUAUCGAUUGAUUUUGAAUUAAUAGUGUUUUAGGAUAUCACAUUUUUCGUAAUGUCUCGGGAAAGUUGUAUAUUAGAAUAUUGUUUCGAGAAAUUUUAUAAUUAGAGCUUUCCAAGACAUUAUUCUACUCUUCGAAGUUCGGGACUUUGUAUCCACUUUUUAAGAUUUUGUAAUUGGAGAAGAAAGGUAAAUUAUUCUUAACAUGAGUAUUCUUAACAUGAGAAAAAGAUCGUCACUUAAUGAUCGUAAUAAAUUGAUCUUAAUAAAUCUCAUUUUAUUCUUUUCUUAUUUGAUUUUAAAUUUUACCUUUUAUGUUUCACCUUAAACGUAGAAAGUGUAGUUCAAACAUACCUUCUGUGUAUUUUAAUGUUCAUUAUCUAAAUAUUAAAAUUAGAGUCGCUGUUCUCCAUCGUGAGGAGAGUAAUAAAGCCUUAAAAUAGCCCUAGUAAAAGCACCGUCUAUAUUCUUCUUAUGUCAGUGGUCAAGCAGUAUUUACUGCCUCUUAUAUUCAAUUAUAUGUAUUCAAACGUAAAAUUGUGUUCACCAUCACCAUUGUACUUUCUGUAGAUAUUCAUUUCAUCGUCACUCAUAUUCGUUUUUUACUUUUAUAUAAAUUAUAAAUAUGCACUUCUCCCUUUCAUUACUCAUUGAUACGCUUUUUGUAAACAGCUCACAUUUCGCCUUUUAUUGUUUUAUAUUUCUUUUUUUUUAGACUGGUGUAAAGAAAUAUUGUAUAUAUUCACGACACAUACAUAUACAUAUAUAAUACAUAUAAUGAAACCAUGUUUCGUCACCCGAAAAAAGACUGACGAAACCGAGUAGCAAAAUACAAUAUGUACAAGAUACGAUACCUGAUAUUUAUAAUUGAACCUUUUAUGUCAAUAUCGAAAAUCUAUAUGGAACGUAAACUAGAACAAUAAUCUACGUGCGUAUACCACAAGAAUAUUACAUGCGAAUAAUGCAAUAGACAACAUUCGAACAAAUCUUCACAGAUACUACGACAAAUCGAAUAUUAUUGUUAAUUAUCUUUCCUAACUACUAUGAGGAAAGGAUCAAAAGAGAAUUUUUGCUUUUGAGUAAAGUGUAUUUUAUUGAUAGAAACUUAAUAAAUAGCAGCGAUUGAUGUA